AUGGCAGACGCAUGGGGGGCAACAGUGAGUGGAGGUGCAGGGAUGGCAGGAGAGGAACGUGAGUGCGAGAGGGGAGUGGCGGAGAUGGUGGUCUCAGGGCGAAAAAUCAAUCUUAGAAAAUGCGAGAUCAUGCCUAAUGGCGAGGUGGAGAAUGUCAAGGCUUUAGCACAACUUUUGAAUUACAAGGUUGGGCCUCUACCAACUCCUUAUUUGGGGAUACCAUUAGGAGCAUCUAAUAAAGACAAAGCGGCUUCGAAUCCAAUGAUAGAAAGGGUAGAAAAAAUACUUCCAGGCUGGCAGAAGAGGUACUUAUCCAAAGGGGGGAAGGAAGUGUUAAUUAAGAGCAUGUUCUCGAGCAUUCCUACAUACUUCAUGUCUUUGCUUCAAGCUCAUGUUGGUGUUACAGAGAAGUUGGAAAAACUGCAGAGAGAUUUUUUAUGGAAUGACUCAAGAGGGGGAAAAGAAGCUUCACUCAGUGGAUUGGAAGUCUGUAACCACACCAAAAUGUUAGGGUGGCCUUGA